CUUGGCAAACAAAAUGCGAUUCUCGGUCACAUCUAUCGCCUCAGUGCUGCUCGGUGCCACCAUGGCCUCGGCAAAAACGACCACGUACCAAUACGGCCCUAACGUUCUCCAGACGUACGACGUUUACAUCCCGUCCGCGUCCGCAAACGAGACCAUUGCAGCCAAGAAGCACUGGCUCGUCUGGAUCCACGGGGGUUUCUACCGCGACUUCGCCCAGAAUUCGACGGGCAUCAACGCCGCCAUCGCCUCUCUCGAGGCCAACAGCUCAGACGUUCUCGCGACCCAGGUCGCCGGCAUUGCCUCGCUCAACUAUCGCCUCUCCGCCCUCCCCGGCGUCCAGCCCAACAACACCCCGCCCAACGAGCUGCAGAACGCGAGGUGGCCGGACCACCUGACCGACGCCGUCGCCGCGCUGAAGGACCUAAACGAGCACUACCCGAUCGAUGGCAAUUACGUCCUCUCGGGACACUCUGUCGGCGCCCAGAUCUCCUUCUUCGCCGCCCUCGAGACCCUUAACGACCCUUCCGUCCCCAAGCCCGCGGUCGUCUUGGGCAUCAGCGGCAUCUAUGACUACCCGCAGCUCCACGUCACCCACCCGAGCUACGACUCUCUCGUCCUCAACGCCAUGAGGCAGGACCAGCUGGUGGAGGCGAGCCCGGCCAAGGUGGACGCCGGGAGGUAUGCGGCCCUGGACGUGGAGGCCUUCGUCUUGGCGCACAGCAGGGACGAUGGACUUGUUCCGUGGGAUCAGUUGGAGGCAAUCGAGGCAACUUUGGACAGCCUGCCCGAGUUGGAGAGCAAGACCCAUGUCGUCGAGCUCCAGGGCGCCCACAACGACAUCUGGCGGGGAGGCGUGGCGCUUGCGAAGGCGUUUACGGAAACCCUGGCUCUGUUGGGAGCGCGCCCUUGAUAUUUGGCGGCGGGAUAAGUUCUUGUUUUAUUAGCGAGAGACGUCAUCUUGUUCGUUAGUUGCUUUUCCUACAGCCAGUUGAUAGCAAUAUUCAGUUGAACGGCAGGACUGGGAUAGGCGUCAAGGUAGAGCCUGGUGAAGAACAUCGCCUUUCUCAUCCAACACGAUGCCACUUGCAAUUUCUUCUUGCCGGCGAAGCCCCAUACUGGCCCAAGCUACUUCCC